GUGGCCCCGCGAGAGGCCGGCGGGCGCUGGGCCCAGCCAGGAGCCGCAGCCCCGGCCUCGCGCGAUCGCCGGGCGGGGCGUGGGUGCGGCCUUCUGUGGGCCCUUGAUGCGGUUGAAGCCGCGCGGGCCAGAGAGGAGCCCGGCCCGGCGGCGGGCGCGGUAGGAGGCGGCAGGGCCGCGGGCCGGGGCCGGUGACUGUGGCGCCCCUACGAUGGACGCCCUAGAAGAAGAGAGCUUCGCGCUGUCCUUCUCCUCCGCCUCCGAUGCAGAAUUUGAUGCUGUGGUUGGAUGUUUAGAGGACAUUAUUAUGGAUGAUGAGUUCCAGUUAUUGCAGAGAAACUUCAUGGACAAGUACUACCAGGAAUUUGAAGACACAGAAGAGAAUAAACUCACCUAUACACCCAUUUUUAAUGAAUAUAUCUCCCUGGUAGAGAAGUACAUUGAAGAGCAGUUGCUGGAGCGGAUCCCAGGCUUCAACAUGGCGGCCUUCACAACCACGCUGCAGCACCAUAAAGAUGAGGUGGCUGGUGACAUCUUUGACAUGCUGCUCACAUUCACGGAUUUUCUGGCUUUCAAGGAGAUGUUCCUGGACUACAGAGCAGAAAAGGAAGGCCGAGGACUGGACUUAAGCAGCGGCUUGGUUGUGACUUCUCUGUGUAAGUCGUCAUCUACGCCAGCUUCCCAGAACAACCUGCGGCACUAGGUCCCACCUUCGCACAACCAGUGUGAUUGACAUGAGUUCACCAGGCCAGCAGGCUCCGAGAAACAUGGGCUAAUGAUGACAGGUGUAUCCUGCAAAGACCCACUGUGCCACAGCCCUUUGUCCAUGUGAAGUAUUGAUGAGUCCCAGAAAACAUGACUGACCCUGCUGGCCCUUGUCCAGAAACUCCUUCCCCCCUAGUCCAUAACCCUUAUGUUCCCUGCUCCUGUCCCCAUACAGACGCCUCUCCCAGGUGCUUCUGAGUGGCUCCUCGGGCGCACAGACCUGGGUUGGCCACCUCACCUGGGGGCUGUCCUCCAGCAGUGUAGUGUGUCAACAGUGUGGAUACCACACUGUUGUGAGCCCUUCAUCCCGCAGGCUUUAGUGAGUCUUUGUUCUCCCAUGGUUUUCACCUGGGUCCGCUUCCGCUUCAGGCCUCAGCCUCAAUGGGGCUUUUGUUUGGGCGUGUUGAUCUGGGGAGUUACAGACCAGCUGCCUGUCCUGGUUUCUGAGUCUCCUGCGAUUACAGCUUGACUGGCUGUGGGGAUCCACUGAGAGAGCUGCCCUCUACCCACAAGUGAAAAUGAACUCCCAACCUUACGUUAGCAGUCCUUUCACCAGUGAGUCCUGCUGGUCUCGAUGUAGCCCCACUGUUCUCUCUAAGCAUUAUUUUUAAGAAACUUAUUUUUAUAGAUGAAAACUCAGGCUAACCUAGUGAGUAUGAUCUUGGGAUGCCCAUGAUCAACCACUUAAAGAUCAAAGUAUUAUAUGCUGUGUGCUUUGUAGCUGUGAGUGUUGUGAGUGCAAACCUGCUUUCCGACGGGUGCUCCCUGCUGGGCACCAGAACAAACAGGCUGUGUGCUAGACAUGGACCGCGGCUCUGUCAGGACAGCCUGCGAGGUGUGCUGUGCGUGCGUGUCUGCUGUCCUAUCACAAGAGCAUGCUGGAUGUGCCUGUGCAUGCUGUGUGCAGUCCUUCGUGUAGGCCAGUGAGCUGGGGUCUUUUUUAUUGGGGGGUAGGGACUCUGCUGUUUGUUUUCAUACAAUCUCUCCUGCUAAGUGGAUGCUCCCCUGAAUCCGGCUCAGCCUGGGGGGAGGAGGAGCAGGACACAGAUUUCUGGUCAUCUGUCAUCUUUGGUGGACUGCCACCAAACAGAAAGCAUGUGUGUCACAUCUCUAGAAAGAAGAAAAAACAGUUCAAAUCCUAAUGUAUACUUUUGACUUUAACUUUUAUAGUAAACAGACUCUGCGCUGACUUUCCAUGUGGCCAUUUGACUUUAAGGGAUAUAAGCUAAGCUCCGUGUUUUUUUCUGUAGCUGUGUGUCACUUAGUACUUUUGUAAAAAUAAGUAAAAUUUGAGGUGUUUGGCAAGAAUAAUCACUU